UAUUUUUUCUUAUGCAGAAUAGGAAUCGAAGAUGAAAGAGAAAUGGUGCAAUUUGGAUCACCUAAAAAAACACAAGGACAAAAUACAAAUCAAAAACCAGAGAAGUUUGAAAAAGCAUGGUUGGUGAGAAAGUGGUCUAACUUUGAUGUUAUGUUUAUGAAACCAUUGUUAACUCAUAGUCGACCAACUCUAAUGGAAACUUUGCCUUCUUGUUGUUUGCCUUUAGCAAGAAUAUUAACGAGUACGGAGCAACUAUCUCAAGAUAAUAAUAAGAAGGAUGAUGAUUCUGAUACUGAUCUUUGCAUUAAUGAAGAUGAAAUAUCUCCCUCCACAUCAAAUCAUAUCAACAGUAAUCAAAAUACUCCUCAGUGUAAAAUCAAUUAUCUUCAGCCAGAAUGAAAGAUUUGUAUAGCUGGAGAACUACUUGAAGCUUGAAGAAACAAUGUAUGUGCCCUACCUGAAAAUUUAAUAUUUAUUGGGAAUAUACUGUAUUAAUAUGAAUUUUAUAAAAAGUUACUUUAUUAUGUAUAGUUGCUGCGUGGGGAUUCUUCAAAAAGUUUUAUAAAACUUUUUACAAACGA